AUGAUGAUCGUUAUUCAUCGUAACCGCAUGAUUCUCUAAUUCCUUUCUUUCCACACUCAGGAUUCAGGCGCUUCGUUUCUUCCAUACUGCAGCCUCUGACAAGUCACCAACUCACCUUAAUCCUCUUCCAACACCACCAAAAGCUCCCCAUCCCCCGUUCUUAGCCUGUUCCGUCCACCGUCAGUUCCAAUGACGUGUCGCUCCUCCAUUGGCCAGACCUUCGGCGCAACCCACUCCUACCCCUCAUAACGGCGCCGUCAAAUCCUUCCGUUUCCAGAUUCCCCCGUCACUGUUAAACGGAGUCUGGACCACCACGAUACAACGCACCAUCACUUAAUAAAAUUAAACAUAUAGUGUGCUAAUUACCCAAUCACAACCGUUGAACCCAUUUCGUCAUUAUCACUAUUUUUUUCGUCGUCUCCGUACUACACGCGCCACCAAAUUACACACACACCCCCCCCACACACACACACACUAACACUUUCCCUUCCCCUUCCCCUUCUCUCUCUCUCUCUCUCUCUCUCACAAUUACAUUAACGUAAUCAAAAUAAAUAAGGAAGAAAAAAAGAAACAACGCAGCAUCACCUGAAAAGAGAGAGUGUAAGGAAAGGAAUCGCGGGAGCACGUGGUUGCGUUCGAAGCCAGCAAUGGAGAUUGCUCAGGUCGGUGUGAGGACAAGGGCUCAAGCUGCGUUAGCCAUGGGAGCUGCCACGUCACCUCCAACAACACCUAAGAGAAGGAAGAUAAACAAAGCCAGGAGCAGUAAUGAAGAGCGAAAAUUAUCAACGGCGUCGUCUUCAGCAAUCGUUAAGCUCGGGAGAAGGAGGAGAAGCGCUGCUUCCGUCGUUGAGGCGGUUCUGCCGGAGGCGGCGACGGAGGAAAGGUGCUCUAGCCCUAACUCCGGUGAAUUCCCGGCGUCUUGUUGUUGCAGCAAUGGAUCCGUUGGGCUUGACGAGGAGAGGAUCGAGUUGUCAGAUCUGGAGGUGGAGAGCGCGCAAGUUGAAACAUCUACGUGCAAUUGUGGAGACGAAACUGAAAGGAGAGAGAUGAACCAUGGAGGGCGAGACAAUUCACAAGAGCUGGAGUCAGUGGAAACCGAUUCUCGCCGUCGUCCUUCGUCAACGGCGCAAAACAUGCCAACGGAGUUGGAGCUCGAAGAAUUCUUCGCCGCAGCUGAGAAAGACAUCAAGAAAAGGUUUCAAGAAAAGUAUAACUAUGAUAUUGGGAAUGACGUGCCGUUGGAAGGACGAUACGAGUGGGUUAAAUUGAAGCCAUAGAAGAGGCCGGUAAAAGCAUCACAGCAUUUUUAGCUUAUUGCUCGCACCAUUUCCAACACGCUAUCAAUUAAGCCAACCUCAUGAAGAAAGAAGACACACUAUUACUAUUACUACUGGUGAAUAUGAUCCCGUCUCAACAUGCCACUUUGCUGACUCUAUUCUUACGUUUAGUUUAGGUAUUUUAAUUUCACAUCUUAUCUUCUUCUUCUUCUUUACGCUAGCCAACCAGGAUUCUCUUGUUCUGGAGUACAGCUUUAAUUUAUAUAUGUUCGUCGUGCUUAAGAGUGAAAAAAGAAAAUUCCGAAAUUCAGCUUCGUUUGUUCUUUGUACUACGGGUUAUAUUUUAUAUUAAUGUGCAUAAAUUAUGUUAAUUUCCAGUUAA